AUGCAGUGGAUAUCGUUAGCAAACCGGACUAGAAAGAAUUUGGUUUGUUAUUUCGUAGAUGAGGUUCCAGCGGAUCAAGACACUAGCUUCUUGGGACAAUUUCUGUCUCUUGGAUUAACCACUUCAGUAUCAAUUGUGGUAGCGGCGGUCCUUUUCAUCGUUCUUUGUCUCGGUUGCAUCAUCUGCUUCUGUUGUUGUCGAAAUCGUUCCAAUACAAGAACUACCAACUCCUCUACCCCCGUCGUUCACACCACCUUCAACGGAGUCAAUCGUACAUGCAGUGGUGAAGUCAUUGCACCCAAUGUAGAUCCUUCUUCCCUUCUAAAUGGCGUUGGCAAGUCACCUGACGCCUUCCAUUCCCAGAUACUUCCACCUUCAAUUCAGCAACAACAAAUGGUGCUUCCGCCAGCAAAGUCUAUGGGUGAUCUUUUCCAUCAAACUCAGCUUUCACCCAACUCCCCAAUGCUCAGGCACUUCCAGGAGUAUCCUUCAACCCCUCAGCCGCCAACUUCGGGAUCAUGGAGCACGCAACCCAUUUGUUAUCCAACGGCUCACCAUCAACAGUGGUUUCUACAGCAACAACAAACACAGUCCCACCAACAGCAAGUCAGUCAGCAGUUGCCACUUUCGCCACAGAAUCAGGCCUCGAACCGAGCCUCUGGUUGGCUAGAGAAGAGAUAUAUGUCUGACUACUUUGUAGACCCAUUAGUCAACUUAACCAAUACGGGGUCUUGGUGUAAUUCUCGCUUUCCAUACCAACAUCCUGAGACCUCCCCACUUGUAGCUGACGGAGGAAUCGUCUACCUUGGUGAAAUAGGUGGCGGUUCUGGGAGUGGAGGCUCUCGCCUAGCCUCGGGCACCAGACGUCCUAGGCGUCGUUCCGGCCGUGCCAUGGAUACUCAGUCCUCGUCCAGUAUUGGCUGCGGCCCUUCUACCCGUGGUGCCCAAUCUGCUGAGGGUGCACCACGCACUGCGAGUAAUAGCUCGCAUUCCAUCGGCCCCUCAUGGUCCUCAAGCCGUGGCACAACCGCCAAUAAUCCCAGUGCCAACAGUAGCGCCAAUAUUUGCCCACAUCAUCACCACCAUCAUCAUCAUCGUAGACGCCGUCGACACGGUGGUGGUAGUGGUGGUAGCAGCGGAAAGCAGUCGACCCGGAAUCACUCAACCAACAGUAGUGAGAAGAUUGCUUUCCCUGUGGAGUUGUAA